CCCUCUCGGGAGCCGUAGGGAAUCAGGUCCCGGAGGAAGAGGGUAGGUGGGGAGGCGGAUGAGGGGUGGGGGACCCCUUGACGUCACUGGAAGGAGGUGCCGGGGUAGGAAGUGGGCUGGGGAAAGUUUAUAAAUCGCCCCCGCCCUCGGCUCCUCUUAAUCGAGGUCCGCAGAAGGCUCAGAGCGCGGCGGGCGGACGCUCCUUGCGGCUCCUCCCCGGCGGCGACGGCGGUGGCGGCGGCUCGGAGCGGGCUCCGGGACUGGAGCGCAGCGGCCAGAGGACGCCGAGCUGCGAGGAUUACCCGGGGAAGUGGUGGUCUCCCUGGCUGGAGCAGCGGAGAGGGGCGCUCGCGGCGGAGGACCGGAGUGCGAGAAGACAGCUUCGGGCGGCUGGGUCUGUGGCCCGCGAGCAGCGCGGGGACCGGGCAAGCAGGCCGCGUCGCGCUCACCAUGGUCAGCUGCCGGGACACCGGGGUCCUGCUGUGCGCGCUGCUUGGCGGUCUGCUGCUCACAGGAUCUAGUUCAGGUUCAAAAUUAAAAGGUCCUGAGCUGAGUUUAAAAGGCACCCAGCACGUCAUGCAAGCAGGCCAGACACUGUAUCUCAAAUGUAGAGGGGAAGCAGCCCAUUCAUGGUCUUUGCCUGAAACAGUGAGAAAGGAAAGCAAAAGGCUGAGCAUAACUAAAUCUGCCUGUGGAAGGAAUGGCAAACAGUUCUGCAGUACUUUGACCUUGAACGCGGCUCAGGCAAACCACACUGGCUUCUAUAGCUGCAAAUAUCUAUCUAUACCUGCUUCAAAGAAGAAGAAAACAGAAUCUACAAUCUAUAUAUUUAUUAAUGAUACAGGUAGACCUUUCUUAGAGAUGCACAGUGAAAUACCCGAAAUUAUAUAUAUGACUGAAGGAAGGGAGAUCGUCAUCCCCUGCCGGGUCACGUCACCUAACAUCACUGUGACUUUAAAAAAGUUUCCCCUUGAUACCCUGAUCCCGGAUGGAAAACGAAUAACCUGGGACAGUAGGAAGGGUUUUAUAAUAGCAAAUGCAACAUACAGAGAAAUAGGGCUUCUGACCUGUGAAACAACAGUCAACGGGCAUUUGUACAAGACCAACUAUCUCACCCAUCGACAAACCAAUACCAUCCAAGACGUCCAGAUAAGCACUCCAAGCCCAGUCAAGUUGCUUCGAGGUCGCACUCUUACCCUCAACUGCACUGCUACCACUGAUUUGAACACGAGGGUUCAGAUGACCUGGAGUUACCCUGGUGAAACAAAGAAGAGAGCGUCUAUAAGGCAACGUAUUGGCCAACGCACUUCCAUUGCCAUUGUGUUCUACAGCGUUCUUGUUAUUGACAAAGUACAGAACAAAGACAAAGGACUUUAUACUUGCCAUGUGAAGAGUGGCCCGUCAUUCAAAUCUGUUAACACCUCAGUGCAUGUAUAUGAUAAAGCAUUCAUCACUGUGAAGCAUCGAAAACAGCACGUGCUAGAGACCACAGCUGGCAAGAGGGCCUACAGGUUAUCUGUGAAAGUGAAGGCAUUUCCCUCGCCAGAGGUUCUAUGGUUAAAAGAUGGGUUCCCUGUGACUGAGAAAUCUCCUCGCUAUUUGGUUCAUGGCUACUCGUUAAUUAUCAAAGAUGUUGCUGCAGAAGAUGCAGGGGAUUACACGAUCUUGCUGGCCAUCAAGAAGUCCAGCGUGUUUAAAAACCUCACCACCAUUUUGAUUGUAAAUGUGAAACCCCAGAUCUAUGAAAAGGCCGUGUCAUCCUUUCCAGACCCAACUCUCUACCCCCUGGGCAGCAGACAGACCCUGACUUGUACCAUUUAUGGUUUACCUCAGCCUACGGUCACGUGGUUCUGGCGUGCCUGUAACCACAGUCAUUCCAAAGCAAGGUAUGACUUUUGCUCCAAUAAUGAAGAGUCCCUAAUCCUGGAUCCCGACAGCAACAUAGGAAACAGGAUUGAGAGCAUCACUCAGCGCACGGCAAUAAUAGAAGGAAAGAAUAAGACGGCUAGCACCUUGGUUGUGGCUGACUCUAGAAUUUCUGGAAUCUACAGUUGCAUGGCUUCUAAUAAAGUAGGAUCUGUGGAAAGAAACAUAAGCUUUUAUAUUACAGACGUGCCAAAUGGAUUUCAUGUUAACUUGGAAAAAAUGCCUACGGAAGGAGAGGACCUGAAACUGUCUUGCACAGUUAACAAGUUCUUAUACAGAGACAUUACUUGGAUUUUGCUGCGGACAGUUAAAAACCGAACAAUGCACCACAGCAUCAGCAAGCAAAAAAUGGCCAUCACUAAAGAGUACUCCGUCACUCUCAAUGUCACCAUCAAGAACGUUUCCCUGGAAGAUUCAGGCACGUAUGCCUGCAGAGCCAGGAACAUAUACACAGGGGAAGAAAUCCUUCAGAAGAAAGAAGUUACAAUUAGAGAUCAGGAAGCACCACACCUCCUGCGAAACCUCAGCGACCACACAGUGGCCAUCAGCAGCUCCACCACGUUGGACUGUCACGCUACUGGCGUCCCAGAGCCUCAGAUAACCUGGUUUAAAAACAACCACAGAAUCCAACAAGAACCCGGAAUUAUUUUAGGACCAGGAAGCAGCACGCUGUUUAUUGAAAGAGUCACAGAAGAGGAUGAAGGUGUCUAUCACUGCAAAGCCACCAACCAGAAGGGGUCCGUGGAAAGUUCGGCGUACCUCACUGUUCAAGGAACCUCGGACAAGUCUAACCUGGAGCUCAUCACUCUGACAUGCACCUGUGUGGCUGCAACCCUCUUCUGGCUCCUGUUAACGCUCUUUAUCCGAAAACUGAAAAGGUCUUCUUCUGAAAUAAAGACGGACUACCUAUCGAUUAUAAUGGACCCAGACGAAGUUCCCCUGGACGAGCAGUGUGAGCGGCUCCCUUAUGAUGCCAGCAAGUGGGAGUUUGCCCGGGAGCGACUUAAACUGGGCAAGUCACUUGGAAGAGGAGCUUUUGGAAAAGUGGUUCAAGCUUCUGCAUUUGGCAUUAAGAAAUCACCCACAUGCCGGACUGUGGCUGUAAAAAUGCUGAAAGAGGGGGCCACAGCCAGUGAGUACAAAGCUCUGAUGACUGAGCUCAAGAUCUUGACCCACAUUGGCCACCAUCUGAAUGUAGUCAACCUGCUGGGAGCCUGUACCAAGCAAGGAGGGCCCCUGAUGGUGAUCGUUGAAUAUUGCAAAUACGGAAAUCUGUCCAACUACCUCAAGAGCAAACGAGACUUAUUCUUUCUCAACAAGGAUGCGGCAUUACACAUGGAGCCUAAGAAAGAAAAAAUGGAGCCCGACCUGGAGCAAGACAAGAAACCAAGACUAGAUAGUGUCACCAGCAGCGAGAGCUUUGCGAGCUCCGGGUUUCAGGAAGAUAAAAGUCUGAGCGAUGUUGAGGAAGAGGAGGAUUCUGAUGAUUUCUACAAGCAGCCCAUCACUAUGGAAGAUCUGAUUUCUUACAGUUUCCAAGUGGCCAGAGGCAUGGAGUUUUUGUCUUCCAGAAAGUGCAUUCAUCGGGACCUGGCAGCAAGAAAUAUUCUUUUAUCUGAGAACAAUGUGGUGAAGAUUUGUGAUUUUGGCCUUGCCCGGGAUAUUUAUAAGAACCCCGAUUAUGUAAGAAAAGGAGAUACUCGACUUCCUCUGAAGUGGAUGGCUCCCGAAUCUAUCUUCGACAAAAUCUACAGCACCAAGAGUGACGUGUGGUCUUAUGGAGUACUGCUGUGGGAAAUCUUCUCCCUAGGUGGGUCUCCAUACCCAGGUGUGCAAAUGGAUGAGGACUUCUGCAGCCGCCUGAAGGAAGGCAUGAGGAUGAGGGCCCCUGAAUACGCAACUCCUGAAAUCUAUCAGAUCAUGUUGCACUGCUGGCACAAAGACCCAAAAGAAAGGCCAAGAUUUGCAGAACUUGUGGAAAAACUAGGCGACUUGCUGCAAGCCAAUGUACAACAGGACGGUAAAGACUAUAUCCCACUAAAUGCCAUACUGACAGGAAAUAGUGGGUUUACAUACUCAUCUCCUGCCUUCUCUGAUGACUUCUUCAAGGAAGAUACUUCAGCUCCAAAGUUUAACUCAGGAAGUUCUGAUAAUGUCAGAUACGUAAAUGCUUUCAAUUUCAUGAGUCUGGAGAGAAUCAAAACCUUUGAAGAACUUUCACCAAACACCACCUCUAUCUUUGAUGAUUACCAGGUGGACAGUAACACUCUGAUGGCCUCCCCCUUGCUGAAGCGCUUCACCUGGGCUGAGAGCAAACCCAAGGCCUCUGUGAAGAUUGACUUGAGAGUAACCAGUAAAAGUAAGGAGUCGGGGCUUUCUGACCUCACGCGGCCUGCUUUCUGCCAUUCCGGGUGUGGGCAUAUCAACAGAGGCAGGCGCAGAUUUACGUAUGACAACUCAGAGCUGGAAAAGAAGAUUUCGUGCUGCUCUCCUCCCCCAGACUACAACUCGGUGGUCUUAUACUCCACCCCGCCUGUCUAAAGUUUGACACAUCGCCUUCUUUCUAGAACCACACAAGUAUUUAUGCCCCCUGAAAACUAGCUGCUUCUGCCAGUAUGACACAUAUAUAAAUGUACACCUUUACCUUUCCACAGGAGCAAGCUGCCUUUUGUGAUUUUUUAAUAGUGCUUUUUUUUUUUUUUCUUUUUGACUAACAAGAAUGUAACCCCAGAUAGAGUAAUAGUGACAAGUGAAAAACACCACUGGUAAAUCCUCACAUUAUUCAGUGUGUUAGAGAAACCCUUUCUAAGCCCAAUGACUUACCUGCUCCUACCCCUGAGACCACAGGGCAUUUGAUGAUUCAGGAGACACACUGACCCCACCGUGCAGUGUGGACUCAUGGGGCCAGCCACCGGCACCCGGGAACCAGGAGGCAACCAGCCCUAAGCCGGCCUGUGCAAUGUCUCUGGGGUCCUCUAGCAGAUGUGACAUGGAAGGAGGAGAAGGAAAGAAGGGAGAAAGGUAGCAGAGAGUAAACAGGAUGGAGCACUGGAGAGAAGAAUUUGUGCUGUCCCAUAUGGGAAGGGAGUAGGAAAAGCCAUGACAAUGCUUCCAAACCCUGACCGAACCCGGUCCACAUGGAAAAUCCAGCCAGGGAGCAAAUAGGACAGAAGGAUGAGGGGACAUUUUCUGGAUUCCGGCAGGCAAGAAAAGGACAGACAUAUUUUUUUGGAACUACAAAACAAAUUUUUAAAGUCUUAGCUAUGGGACUGGAUCUAUGCCCAUUCCCAUAUAUGGCACAUUUUUAAAUUUCUAGCACUGAGCUUGGUGCUCAAAUCUGAGCCGAGACUGUAGGCCCCUCUAGCAAGAUACACUGCAAACUCACCCUGAGCUAAGCUGGCUCCACAGCAUGAUGGCCUCACACUUAGCAGGUUGCUCAGAGUAAGCUAACUGGAACGAGUUUGGUCUAUUAGGGUUACCUGUUGGGCUUUAAGCCACAUGUUCAAAAAUAUUGUCAGAUUCUAUUUUGAGUCUUAAUGUAUAAUCAAAACACUUCAAGUUUUUUACAUUAACCUGUUUUGUACAGUUAGUUAUAAAAGGAAGCUCUGAGGAGGAUGAAAAUGAGUCUUGCGGGGGGUUUCCUCUAUGCCAAAACCAGGAUAGAUGGAGCAAAAAACAGGAUGAACAGGGUGAAAACCCCAUCUCUAUACCAACCAAACCAACUCACUGAAACAGUUGGGACCCAAAGGAUAGGAAGUCAAUCAUGUUUCCUUUUCAAUGGGGAUUCUACUAUCUCAUGCUAGUCUACUGGAAAGAUGUGGAAGAACGUUAAUCAAUGUUUAUUAAGCACUUUAUGCUCCUUGAGAAAAAAGGUGAUAUGUAAUUUAUGCAAGAUACUUUUAGAAUUGGGACUCAGGAUAUUAGUUAAUGAGCCAUCAAGAGGAGAAAAGCCUCUUUUCAUUUGCUUUGGACCUUGCCAUGGGUCUGAAGAUGAUGGAAAUAGGGAGACAGGGUACACAAGGGUGCCGACUCUUCAGAGAGUCUACAGACUCUGGAUCUCUCAACUGGCUCUGUUUGAAGCUAUGUAUUUAGGAUGUAUGCACCUUCUAAAGCCAGUCAAGGCUGGACAGGCAACAGUGAAUUGCUGCUUCUGGUAGUAGAGUAUGCUUCCCUUUAUGCACGUAACUUAACUCUAGAACCUGAGAUAUAAGGAAUCUUUGCUUCCUUCUCUGUGUGUCACACUCUGGUUUCAAGGUUCUUAGUAUAAAGAGAUGGGACAGUCAGCACAUCCCAAGGGGGGCGGCGGGUGCUCCAGUGGUGGUUCUGCUGGGGAAGCCCCUGGCCGGCAGAGAAGCGAGGCAGGCCUCUCCACCAAGGGCCCAGUGCAAACAAAGUCAGGCCAGGGCCAGAAGAGGGGAUGAGCUUUGUUCCUCCUCUUCUUUGCACGCACAAAAGCACCUGGAACAGCUGGCGACGGUAUCAAUCAGGUAACCAGAAGGAGGUUGAAUAGGGAAAAUUAAAAGAAGAUGUCAAUCAAUUCUCUCAUGCUUUCAAAACAGUAAGGAUCCAGCAAUGAGUGAAAACAGAAACCUUAACUACCCGUACCACAUCUUGAUUUCAAUAAUCCAAUUCUGUAUUGUUCAGAAACCUUAGUAAUGCCAUCUUUCCAAAAGAAAAACAAAACAUGUACUAGAACUGUGUCAAUUCAACUGCUUCAAAGACUCAGGUUUAUAGCCUACACGAGUCCAUCAGUCAACAAUGGUUCCAUCUAGAGUCUUAACACAAAGAAAAAUGGAAGCUUGCAGGAAUGAGUCUAUCUAGUGGCAGAGUGCUUGCCACAGAAUGGUUCAUUUACCAGCCCUGAACAUUUAUUAAAAAGCACUGAAAAUGAAAACACUAAUUAACCGAUGAUAUUAUUAGAACCAUUUGUCAUUUAUGACAAAAACAGCUGGCACUAACAAGUAAAGCAGCAUUUCCUUUCAGGAUUUGUGAGGCCAUGUAUGUGUAACACUGUGGGUGGAACAGGACUGAAACCAUACGCAGGUCUAUUAUCUUGUUAGUCUAAGAAACGAUGCUCAGACCUUAGUUUUAGCCCAUGGAACAGAUUUGUCCAAAUCCUGAAAAAUGUCACGUAGGUCUUCUAGCUGUGCCUUGUUUCCCAGCCUGUAAGUAUGUCAAACCUGAAACAGAUACUUGCCAGGCCCUUUUCAUUCGUGAAAGGAGGAGCGCAUCUUUGACCGACAGUGGUAGUAACUGUAUGUGUAUAUACGUGUGUGUGUUUUGUGCGUAACUAUUUAAGGAAACUGGAAUUUUAAAGUUACUUUUAUACAUACCAAGAAUAUAUGCUGCAGAUAUAAGUAAGACUUAAUUUGGUCCUACAUCUCUAGUCACUAUGAAUGUAUUUUGUAUGCUAUCUUCAUAUAAUAAAAUUAACUUCCAAAAAUAUCUACUAUUUUCUCCAAUUUGCUUAUACGUGAAAAAAGGGGUCUUGGGUUUCCUUGGGGGUGGAGGACUGGUGUUCUGAGGGAUUUCAUUAUAUACCAAUUACGAAACAUAGCACAAGAAAAAUCAAGCAAGCAAAAAAAAAAAAAAAAAGAAAGAAAGAAAAGAAAAAUCAAGCAAGCACUCUGCAGAGAGGGGCGAAGAGCUUUCUGUCCAUGCCACAAGAUGGCUGCUGUAAAGCAUCAGUAAAUCAAAACCAAACUCAUACAAGGCACAUCGCCGAGAAAACUAAACACUAAAAUGAACACAAUCAGAAGUAAAAUGUACAGACUGAAUGCAAGUGCUGGCUGCAAAUGGAAGUGCCCUCAAUUAAAAAAGAGGUGGGUUUUCCCAAACACUGUCAGCUAAGAAACAAUUAAUUACAGGAUGUGUGUGUGCGUGUGUGUGUGUGUAUUAGAGGUGGUGUGCAGGAAACCAUACAGGAUUAGACAAAAGCCUAAGACACAAGAGCUUUCCUAAGAAAAGUACACCAGCCAAAUAUCUUUCAUUUGUGUUUUGGUGGAUUACAUCCUAAAAAGAGAAAUAAUCCAGAUCAUCGCUAAUAGACCUAAGUGACCAACAUAUUGUUUUGGAAGUGGUCAUCUUCCUGAAAACAUCAUGAGGAAACUAGAUGGAGACAUGUUGUAAGGGAAACCAGGCCUACUCUCUUUGGGACAGAGGCAAGAAAGAGGAAAAGUGACUCAUCUCAGUAAGUCUGUGGUUAACUGAAGAGGGCACGAGGCAGUUUAUCUUCAUGAAUCUGAAAUCCUUUAAAAAUAGUGUUCAUUUUCAUAACAUAAGAGUAAAGUCACUCAUUGAAGCACAUGAUUUGAAGAAUGCUCAAGGAAUUGGUGUCACAUCAUAGUUUAGAAAUUUUCUCAUGACUCUGGAAACUUAUAGGACAUUUGGGAAUUGUUGUGGUUUUUGUUUUGUUUUGUUUUGUUUCUUUCUUCCAGCAGAAGGAUGGCCCAGUAAGGUUUACUGGACUCCUCAGUGUUAAACAUAUUACCAGACUUUGGGGUUUCACAGGCCAGUAAAUUUUAUAAAAAUAUCCUGGAUCCCAACACAGGGAUGACUAGCCUUCUAUUUUUUUGAACUAAGGGUAUUUUAAGGGAGAAAACAAAACAAAACAAAAACAAUUAGAUGCCACAAAUGUUCUAUUUCUUGGUCUGGGUGUGGUACCUAGGUGUGUUCACUUUGUGAUAACUAACAGAGCUAUCUACUUAUUUGCAAACUUAUGUGUAUGUGCGUGUUAUUAUUCAAUAAAAGAUUAUUAAAAGAAAAAAAAACCAGGGCCGCCUGGGUGGCUCAGAUGGUUAAGCGUCUGCCUUCCGCUCAGGUCAUGAUCCCAGGGUCCUGGGAUCGAGUCCCACAUUGGGCUCCUGGCUCAGCGGGGAGCCUGCUUCUCCCUCUCCCUCUGCCUCUCCCACUGCUCAUGCUCUCUCUCUCUCUCUGUAUCUCUGUGUCUCAAAUGAAUAAAUAAAAUCUUUAAAAAAAAAACACCAUUUAAUAUCACUUUUCAGAGAAGGCCCAUUUAAAAAAGAGUAAGGGCUUAAUCUCAGACAAAAACAGAUUAACUUCAGGGGCCAGCAACUAUUCUAAGUGCUUUAGAGGAACAAACUCAUUCAAUUUUCAAAGCAACCCAAUGUGACUGGUACCAUUAGUUGUACCCACAUCAAGGGAAAGAUUUAAGUAAUCAAGAGAACUUCAAAAUCUCACCCUCACAUCUACCCGCCUGCUGGCACCUGAACUCAUGCAAGUCAGCCCUCUCUUGUGGAUGGCCAGUUCAAAACAUGUCCUGACACAGCUGGAUGCCUUCCUAUCCUCAGGGACACAGCUCCAGAAAUUCAGCACUCCCUCACUGCCAUCAACUGGUCCCGUUCCCACUAGAUCAGACAAACAUGCUGUUCACUCUCCCGUGUUACAAAACAAACUUCCAUUCUUCCUUUCCCCUCGUUACCAAUACAUUUCUUUACUCCUCUUUACAGCAAAAUUCCUUGAAGUGGUUAGUCUCUGUUUCCGAUCCCUCCGAAGUACUCUUAAACCCGCUCAAACCUAGCUUUCUCUGUCACACUCAUGGACACCGCUCUUGAUAAGAUGAUCAGUUACCUGCAAAUUGCUAAAUCCAACGGCCAAUUUUCAGUCUCAAUCUUUCUUGAUUCAUCAACAACUUGACCCUUAUUCCUGAAAAUAUCCAUUUUAACCUUGAUUCCAGGACGUCACACAUAUUUCCUCCUAUUUCAUGGGUCAUUUCUGUCCCUCUAACUGGUUUCCUCUUGUCUCUGACAUUUGAACAUUGUUCCAGUUACCCUAGGGCUCUGCCCUUGGACUUUUUUCUCCUCUCCAUCUAUACUAACUCCCUUCAUGAUCUCAACCAAUCUCAGGGCUUUAAAUGACAUCUAUAUAAUGACUUGCAAAUUACACAUACAGACCAGAUCUCUCCCCCAGACUCCAAACUCACAUGCAUACGUGUUGAAUUGACAUCUCUUGAUGCGGUGGCAGACUGGAUUUUCCAAAAAUAAUGGCAAUAACAUCUCCCAUCCCACACGACCUUUGGCAACAUGCCCUUGCCACUUCCCCAUCAAAUUCCUCUCCCCUAGAAUUCGAGAUGCCUUUGUGACUCAAUUGUAAUCAACAGACUGUGGCAGAAGUGACACUGCAUGAGUCUGAGGCCAGGUCAGAAAAGAUCAUGCCCUUUCCACCCGAGUCUCCUGGUACACUCAUGCUCCAGAAGCUCAAACUAGAGGGGCGCCUGGGUGGCUCAGUCGUUAAGCGUCUGCCUUCGGCUCCGGUCAUGAUGCCAGGCUCCUGGGAUCGAGCCCCGCAUCGGGCUCCCUGCUCCGCGGGAGGCCUGCUUCUUCCUCUCCCACUCCCCCUGCUUGUGUUCCCUCUCUCGCUGCGUCUGUCAAAUAAAUAAAUAAAAUCUUUAAAAAAAAAAAAAAAAAAAA